CUGGAAGGCGGGCAGAGGUCACCCCCCGAGAGCCCACGGAAGAGCCCUGCCUGCCUCGUGGAUGAUUUGGCCUGUGAGACGUGUUCAGCACGACGGGGAGUUUUUGCGGCUGUGCGCCAACACUCGCUGCGGCUGUACUUGUAUGUGUCCGUGCAACGUGGGGGCUCUUUGGAGCUGUCGUUUACGUGGAAGUUGUGAGCCGUUUUGAACUGCUUGAAGGAGUAGACGCUAGCAAUGAGCUCCCAAAGCCGUCCAGAUGGACUUUCUGGCCGAGACCAGCCUGUGGAGCUGCUGAAUCCCGCCCGCGUGAACCACAUGCCCAGCACGGUGGACGUGGCCUCCGCGCUGCCUCUGCAGGUCGCUCCCCCGGCGGUGCCCAUGGACCUCCGCCUGGACCACCAGUUUGCGCUGCCCGUAGCGGAGCCCACCCUCCGGGAGCAGCAGCUGCAGCAGGAGCUGCUGGCCCUGAAGCAGAAGCAGCAGCUGCAGAGGCAGAUCCUCAUCGCCGAGUUCCAGCGGCAGCACGAGCAGCUGUCCCGGCAGCACGAGGCCCAGCUGCACGAGCACAUCAAACAACAGCAGGAGCUGCUGGCCGUGAAGCAUCAGCAGGAGCUGCUGGAGCAUCAGCGGAAGCUGGAGCGACACCGCCAGGAGCAGGAGCUGGAGAAGCAACACCGCGAGCAGAAGCUGCAGCAGCUCAAGAACAAGGAGAAAGGCAAAGAGAGUGCGGUGGCCAGCACAGAGGUGAAGAUGAAGCUGCAGGAGUUUGUCCUCAAUAAGAAGAAGGCUCUGGCCCACCGGAACCUGAACCACUGCAUCUCCAGCGACCCCCGCUACUGGUACGGGAAAACACAGCACAGUUCGCUUGACCAGAGCUCCCCACCCCAGAGUGGGGUGUCGGCCUCCUACAACCACCCGGUCCUGGGAAUGUACGACAGCAAAGAUGACUUCCCGCUCCGAAAAACAGCUUCUGAACCCAAUUUGAAAUUACGGUCCAGGCUAAAGCAGAAGGUGGCAGAGCGACGGAGCAGCCCCCUGCUGCGCAGAAAAGACGGGCCAGUGGUUACAGCUCUGAAGAAGCGCCCACUGGAUGUCACGGACUCGGCGUGCAGCAGUGCCCCCGGCUCUGCGCCCAGCUCCCCCAACAACAGCUCCGGGAACGUCAGCACGGAGAACGGGAUCGCGCCUGCCGUCGCCAGCAUCCCGGCCGAGACCGGCUUGGCGCACAGACUCGUGACUCGAGAAGGCUCCGUGGCCCCACUCCCCCUCUACACGUCACCGUCCUUGCCCAACAUCACUCUGGGACUGCCUGCCACCGGCCCGUCCGCUGGGGCGGCCGGCCAGCAGGAAGCCGAGCGACUUGCUCUCCCAGCCCUCCAGCAGCGGAUCUCCCUCUUCCCUGGCACCCACCUCACCCCCUACCUGAGCACGGCACCCCUGGAGCGCGACGGCGGGGCCACACACAACCCCCUCCUACAACACAUGGUCCUGCUGGAGCAGCCACCCACGCAGACGCCCCUCGUCACAGGCCUGGGUGCACUGCCCCUGCAUGCACAGCCGCUGGUGGGUGCAGAGCGCGUGUCCCCGUCUGUGCACAAGCUGCGGCAGCACCGCCCGCUGGGGCGCACGCAGUCGGCCCCACUGCCCCAGAACGCGCCGGCCCUGCAGCACCUGGUGAUCCAGCAGCAGCACCAGCAGUUCCUGGAGAAGCACAAGCAGCACUUCCAGCAGCAGCUGCACAUGAACAAGAUGAUCCCCAAACAGAGCGAGCCGGCUCGGCAGCCCGAGAGCCACCCCGAGGAGACCGAGGAGGAGCUUCGUGAGCACCAGGCCCUCCUGGAGGAGCCCUACCUGGACCGGCUGUCAGGGCAGAAGGAGCCGCACGCGCUGGCUGGGGUACAGGUGAAGCAGGAGCCCAUCGAGAGUGACGAGGAGGAGGCGGAGCCCCCGCGGGACUCAGAGUCUGGCCAGCGCCAGCCCACAGAGCAGGAGCUGCUCUUCAGACAGCAAGCCCUCCUCCUGGAGCAGCAGCGGAUCCACCAGCUGAGGAACUACCAGGCAUCCAUGGAGGCCGCGGGCAUCCCCGUGUCCUUCGGCGGCCACCGGCCUCUGUCCCGGGCGCAGUCCUCCCCGGCGUCGGCCACCUUCCCCAUGUCUGUGCAGGAGCCCCCCGCCAAACCGAGGUUCACCACAGGCCUCGUGUACGACACGCUGAUGCUGAAGCACCAGUGUGCAUGCGGGAGCACCACCAGCCACCCUGAGCACGCUGGGAGGAUCCAGAGCAUCUGGUCUCGGCUGCAGGAGACGGGCCUCCGGGGCAAAUGUGAGUGCAUCCGCGGACGGAAGGCCACGCUGGAGGAGCUGCAGACGGUGCACUCGGAGACGCAUACCCUGCUCUACGGCACAAACCCCCUCAACAGGCAGAAACUGGACAGUAAGAAACUUCUAGGCUCGCUAACGUCCGUGUUCGUCAGGCUGCCCUGCGGUGGUGUUGGGGUGGACAGCGACACGAUAUGGAACGAGGUGCACUCAUCGGGGGCGGCCCGGCUGGCCGUGGGCUGCGUGCUCGAGCUGGUCUUCAAGGUGGCCACAGGGGAGCUGAAGAAUGGCUUUGCCGUGGUCCGUCCUCCAGGACAUCACGCGGAGGAGAGCACACCAAUGGGCUUCUGCUAUUUUAACUCCGUGGCCAUCGCAGCUAAGCUUCUCCAGCAGCGGCUGGACGUGAGCAAGACCCUCAUAGUGGACUGGGAUGUGCACCAUGGGAAUGGGACCCAGCAGGCCUUCUACAGCGACCCGAACGUCCUGUACAUCUCCCUCCACCGCUAUGAUGACGGGAAUUUCUUUCCAGGCAGCGGGGCUCCAGACGAGGUGGGCACGGGGCCAGGCGUGGGCUUCAAUGUCAACAUGGCUUUCACUGGUGGCCUUGACCCCCCCAUGGGAGAUGCGGAGUACUUGGCGGCCUUCAGGACCGUGGUCAUGCCCAUCGCGAAUGAGUUUGCCCCAGAUGUGGUGCUCGUGUCAUCAGGCUUCGACGCUGUGGAGGGCCACCCCACGCCCCUCGGUGGCUACAACCUGUCCGCCAAAUGUUUCGGGUACCUGACGAAGCAGCUGAUGGGCUUGGCGGGCGGCCGGAUCGUUCUGGCGCUGGAGGGGGGCCACGACCUCACAGCCAUCUGCGACGCCUCGGAAGCAUGUGUUUCUGCUUUGCUGGGCAACGAGCUUGAUCCUCUCCCAGAGAAGGUCUUACAGCAGAGACCCAACGCUAAUGCAGUCCGGUCCAUGGAGAAAGUCAUUGAAAUCCACAGCCAGUACUGGCGCUCCCUGCCACGCCUCUGCUCCACAGUGGGCCACUCUCUGGUAGAGGCCCAGAAGUGCGAGAACGAGGAAGCAGAGACCGUCACCGCCAUGGCCUCGCUGUCCGUGGGUGUGAAGCCCGCUGAGAAGAGACCCGACGAGGAGCCCAUGGAAGAGGAGCCGCCCCUGUAGCCUCCCGUGGAGCUGCGGGCCUCUUGUUUGUCUGUCCCCGUCUGGAAGCUCCGCCGAGAAAGCUCCUGUUUCUGUGCGGCCUGCCCGCGCCCUCUGCCCAAGGCUGGAGCAGCGGCGGGAGGCCCCUGGGGGCUCCCCAGCGGGCAGCCCUGCACUGCCCCGGGACCCCCGCGACGCCGGGCUCUCGGCUACCCCGACGGAGGCCGCGGAGGAAGGAAGCCUGUGGCGGCUCGCGGCAGAGCUGCCCACUUCGUGGCCGUGAGGGAAGGAAAACGAAAAUCAAAGAUCUAAUAAUACAAAACAGACUCGAUGAAAACUGGUGCUUACCGUUGAUUAUUACCCACAAUUCCACAGUCUCUGUGUAAACCACUCAACGCAUCCUGUAGCUUCUUUUUUUGUUCGAGGGAACGUUUUCUUGGGCUCCGGCUGCGUCCGGGAGC